AUGCAACAGCAUUGUAGUGAUUUGGGCUUGCAAGUUUGCAGCACAGAUGCCGACUGGUGUUGCGAUGAGUUCGACCAGCAAGUGACCUGGUGUGGCGCUUUUGUUUUUGAUGAAUUCUGCGGCAUACAGGAAUCAUGUGACCAACAGCCCACCGAUCCAGUCACAGAUGCUCCAACCGAGGCACCCACAGCAAAUCCAACUGAAUUACCAACAGAGACACCCACGGAAGCUCCAACGGAGACACCAACUGAAUUACCAACGGAAGCUCCAACGGAAAAGCAGGGAUCUGGACCUAGUGAAUGUGCUAAUCACUGCUGUUACUUGGUUUCUUCCAGGUUAUUGGAGGCGUCUGCCCCCUUUGGAAUAGAUCUACCAGAUUGUGACCCUUGCUCUGAAACAUGUCCUUUUUCAUACACAUGUUUUUCAAUGGAAACAUUUUGUGAUGAACAAGGCUUUCAGGUUUGCCAAUCUGAUGCAUCCAAGUGUUGCAAUGCCAAUGAUGAAGAACAAUUUUAUGAGUGUGGCGAUGACUUUUAUGAAUCCUUUUGUGGUGCAUCGGAAUCAUGUAACCAACAAGCCAUUGAGUCCCAAGCAGGGGACCAACAAGUCAUGGAGUCUCCAACAGAAGCACCCACUGAAUCUCCUACCGAGUUCCCAACAGAAGCUCCAACGGAAAGCCCUACAGAGUCCCCUACUCCAGAGGAAAAAACCUCGCCCACUGAAUCACCUACCGAGUCCCCAACAGAAGCUCCAACUGAAUUGCCAACAGAGACACCAACUGAAGCUCCAACUGAAUCGCCUACGGAGUCCCCCACCCCAGUUGAUGAAGCCUCCCCCACGGAAACUCCCACUGAAAGCCCUACAGAGUUCCCAACAGCAGUUCCAACUGAUUCACCUACAGAGUCCCCCACCCCAUUUGAUGAAGCCUCGCCCACAGAAACACCUACUGAAUCCCCAACAGAAGCUCCAACUGCAUGCCCACAGAGUCCCUACUCCAGAGGAAAAAACCUCACCCACUGA